UGUAGAGAAGGGGAGGUUUUUCUCUCGCUGCUCAUUGGCCGCAGCGCUCUUUCUCAUCUCGGAAACAUUUCCAUUCAUACAAACGCUGCUCCACUCAUUGAACAAAAUAACUCACAAAAACAACGGACUACUUCGCGAGGACAGGACAUAAUUAUUUAAAAGUGUGUAAACGAGGUGGAGCAGCGGGAGGAGGAGGAGGAGGAGUGACACCUCCCUCACCGGUGCACAUAAAGGCAAUAAGAACAGGGUCCAUUGGUGGACGCGCAGCAGCGGAGGUGGGGUUUUCCUUGUCAGAUAUACAACUAUGUUCCAAACUGUCCCUGACACAUCAUCCUACGUCAAGGAGGCACUGUCAGUGGUGAGUGAAGACCAGUCCUUAUUUGAGCCAGCGUACGCUGCCGCUGCCCCUCUCCCCAAGACAGACAUGACUGCAUCUGGCGCGCAGGACUACGGCCAGACUCACAAAAUCAACCCGUUACCCCCACAGCAGGAGUGGAUCAACCAACCAGUACGGGUCAACGUCAAGCGAGAAUAUGACCAUAUGAAUGGAUCGAGGGAGUCUCCAGUGGACUGCAGCGUGGGUAAAUGCAAUAAGCUAGUGGGGAGUAACGACACAUCUCAGAUCAACUAUGGAAAUUACAUGGACGAAAAGAACGCCCCUCCCCCCAACAUGACUACCAAUGAACGAAGAGUCAUUGUACCAGCUGAUCCUUCAUUGUGGUCACAGGACCACGUGCGUCAGUGGCUUGAGUGGGCCAUCAAGGAGUACGGCCUGUUGGAGAUCGACACGUCCAUGUUUCAAAACACGGAUGGAAAAGAGUUGUGCAAAAUGAGCAAGGACGACUUCCUCCGGCUCACCACCAUGUACAACGCAGAAGUUCUCCUCUCUCAUCUCAAUUACCUCAGGGAAAGUAGCUCAUCAUUAUCCUACAAUACACCAUCUCACACAGACCCAUCCCCACGUCUGGCUACCAAAGAAGACCCUACAUAUGAUGCUGUACGGCGGACGGGAUGGUCAAACAACAUGCAUAGUGCCAAAGUAUCACCAGUUGUUACUCAGAAUGUGACCAAGACUCCCGAGCAGCCCAGAGCUCAACCAGAUCCUUACCAGAUACUUGGUCCUACCAGUAGUCGUCUGGCCAAUCCCGGUUCAGGACAGAUCCAACUUUGGCAGUUCCUUUUGGAGCUCCUGUCCGACAGUGCCAAUGCUGGCUGCAUCACCUGGGAGGGAACCAACGGCGAGUUUAAAAUGACGGACCCGGACGAGGUGGCGCGACGAUGGGGCGAGCGCAAGAGCAAGCCCAACAUGAAUUAUGACAAACUGAGCCGUGCGCUGCGCUAUUACUAUGACAAAAACAUCAUGACAAAGGUGCACGGCAAACGUUAUGCCUAUAAAUUCGACUUCCAUGGCAUUGCCCAGGCGCUUCAGCCACAUCCCACUGAGUCCUCAAUGUACAAAUAUCCUUCGGACCUAGCCUAUGUGCCUUCUUAUCACAGCCACCAGCAGAAAGUCAACUUCGUUUCCCCUCACCCUCCGUCCAUGCCAGUUACCUCCUCCAACUUUUUCGGACCAACUGCUCCAUACUGGAGCUCACCCACUGCUGGUAUUUACCCCAGUCCGAACGUCCCUCGCCACCCGAGCACCCAUGUGCCUUCCCAUCUGGGCAGUUACUAUUAACCACCUCUAUCUAAUCAUCCACUAGCCAAGCCCACAAUUGCUGACCUGCACUCCCAAUGACGCUAUACCUGAAUGAAGGCAAGAAGAGGUAUGAUAAAAUUGGAGAUGAUUUUAUAUUUGUUAAGAUUUUUUUAAAUAACUGGAUGGUCUGAUCCAAAUGGAAUACUACUUACUUUUACAAGACUUGAUAUUUUGGACAGUGCCUUUAUCUUCCACAUCCUCCUGAAAGCUGCGCCCCGUUUCUCUUCAAAACCUUUGCCAAGCCAAAGUCUGAGGACAGAAGAGCAAUCAUGUCUGCCUCCUCAGCCCAGACAUGGCCCUUUAUUUACGGGUCUCAAUCUUCAUCCUCCUGAGUACAUUGCAGCCAUUAUGCUUGAAAGCAUCUGCUCUUUCCACCAUCUACAACCUUGUCGGGGUUUGUUAUUCCCACCACAUCGAGGCCUUCAUCUUUUUUCCCACUGCCUCUACUCGUCCAUCUGUAUCAUUUUAUGUGUGUAGAGAGUCUUCUGGAAUUUGAAGAAGAAGGAGCCCCCUCUCUCCACACACACAUACACAAGAUGCAGACAUUUCACAGCACUGAAUGAAAGUUGGCAACUGGAAUAUGCCAUUCACAAUUUAAUUUAUCUUUCAAACUGGAAGGCGAGAGGGGAGUUCAAUAGCAGAGAAGGAAGUGCUGUAUGUCUGGUGAACUGUCAGUUGUAGUUUAAAAGCUUUCUGUGUUGCGUGUGGAGUUAAUGAUGGGUGAUAUGUACAGCUCCGUUGUGCUUUGGAAGAUGAGUCGAGGCGUAAUUGAAGCAAUUUGGCAACAAGUCUACCCAGACCGACGCACCCGGCUAUGAAAAGUUUACCGCGUUGUCGCCUCAAAGCCAUGUUUUCUCUCGACCGUAUCAGUAUUAAUGUGAAUGUUGUCCAGUUUGUCUUAAAAGAGGAUGCAAAAUCAAUGAUUGUCAGGUAAGGUUAUUUUGUUAAAAAGGACCAAAGUUGUUUUUGAUGUUUGUGUUUAUUCUCAACUUUAAAAAGCCAUUUUCUGCAUUAAUUAUGGAGAGACAGUCUAACAAGACUGUAAAUAUAGAAUAAGUCCAUUACAAUGAAGAGAAUGCCUCCAAUUUGCUUUGUGAUGAAAACUGAAUGAAACCCCAACAGUGUUAGUGUCAUUGCUUAACUGCUGUUCUGCCCAAUCUUCAUUAGACUCGAAAUAUUCCCUGAUGAAAAAUCUGUCAAUUUUUUAUUUGUUUAAUGACUGCCACUGUGUCUCAUCUCCUUUUCGGGCGAGUCAGGAUCAUGUAGGUCACACUGAGAAGUGGCUUUCUCAAUUUGUUGUGUUAGUCAACGUUAUCAAGUUGCAUAUUACCAGGGCUGGAUCCUAGUUUGAGAGCAGCAUGUAAGCUUGAAUGUUAGUAUCUCACUGAUCUAAAGGCCUGAUAAACAUGCACAUGGAUUUCCUCCUCGUAUAAUCGCAUCAUAUCAUAAUCUUUCUUCAGGUGUUCUUCAUGACCAGUAAGUGAAGUGGAUACUUCAAAAUAAAUGACUUUUGAAUAAGUUUAAUGGAGAACAAAACCGAUUUAAAAUAUGAUGAGGUGAAACAAAGAAUUCCUCAGAUUCGCAAACGCUGUGCGUUUGUCAGACCUACGUUUUAUUAUUUUAUAUGCAUCAGUCCACAAGGCAUUAAAGCAACUUACUGUAUAAAUUAUGCAGAGUUAUUUUCAUAUGUAAGUCAGUAUUAAAAAGAGACAAGAUAAUUAAUACGAGUUGACCUCGGUCAAAAAAUGCAAACCUUUGAAGUCCAUUUCUGCUCAGUAGUUUGUUCAGCAUUUUAAGUGUUUUUAUAUUUGUAAAUUUGGGCACCACAUUUUUUAGCAUUUUUUGUUUGUUUGUUUGUUUCAUUCUUAUUGUUUUUAUUUUUAAGAGCGUGUGUAACAUCCUAAGUGCCUUUUUGUGCACAAGCAUUUUUUUAAACAAUUCUCCAAAAGGUGACUGCUUCAAUCAAUAACAAUAGACCAUUUGACUCUGUAUGUGACAUUUGUCAGGAUAGGUUUUCAUGUAGUCCUCAAAAUGUUUGAAAUAAAGAUAUUGUAUGUAAAUUAAUAAAACUAGCAUGAGCAUC